CUGUUGUUUGAACAGUUGAGUUUAACUGGUCGACUGUGUCUGUGAGGGUGAGAAGUGAUUGUAACUGACGACUUGGCUGAGCAGAGCUAGCCGAGAUCUGCGUAGGGUUUUAUUCUAAAUUAGUAGCGGAAAACAACGUCAAUCUAGAGGAGAAAAGUCAGUGCAAUGUUUGGGGGAAGUAAAACCCCUUUUGGGGGGACAUCAUCAUUUGGGACAGGGAAUACCAGCUUUGGUGGGGCCACGCCUGCUACCGGAGGCUUCGGGACCCCCAAUGCCUUUGGACAAAGCACCCCUGCAGGAGGAGGACUUUUUGGAUCCAACCCUAGUACUUCGACUUCAGGUGGACUGUUCAGCGGGGGAACCAGUUCGUUUGGACAGCCAAGCAGUACAGCUUUCAGUUUUGGGAGUAAAUCUACAAGUGCAUCCGGUAGUCUAUUUGGAGGUACCAGCACCAGUACAGGAGGUGGGUUGUUCCCCACCCCCUCUGCGUCCACGUCCUUCGGGGGUUCCACCGCCUUUGGUGCGGGAGGUGGCAACAAACCACUGUUUGGUACAAGCACUUCUAACACGAGUCUGUUUGGUCAGUCAUCGACCUCCUCCACGCCGUUUGGUCAGACGAGCACCCAGCAGCCCUCAGGGGGUCUCUUUGGAGGGACCACGGGGAGUGGACUCUUUGGGUCAUCCCAGCAGCAGAAUGGCACCACUAUCAAAUUUGCGCCUACCACUGGUUCUGAUACAAUGGUAAAAAAUGGUGCAUCUACCAAUGUUAACACCAAACACCAAGUCAUCACCGCUAUGAAAGAAUACACCAAUAAAUCAUUUGAGGAAUUGAGAGUUGAAGACUACCUGGCCAAUCGGAAAGGUGGAUCCUCUGGUGGCGGGUUGCUAGGGGCAACAGGAAUGACCUCAACAGACAACAAGCCGAGUCUAUUUGGGCAACCCGCUUCCACGGCAAGCAGCGCAUUCAACUUUGGUCAAAGCAAGAGCACUUUUGGAGGCACUCCCAGCUCCUUUGGCACUGGCACCAGCCUGUUUGGUGGCAACAACAACCAGCAACAGCAGCAACAACAACAACAGAGUGGCGGGCUGUUUGGAAGCAAGCCUCUCUUUGGCCAGACGUCAACCAGUACGGCUGGGAGUGGUCUCUUCGGACAGUCGUCAGGGACAAGCUUGUUUGGCCAGAACCCAACCCAACAAAAGAGUCUAUUUGGUGGUACCUCACAGACCCCAGGCACCGGUCUAUUUGGAAGCACCCCAGGCUCAACAGGUUCAACUGGCUUUGGUACGGGAGGAUUCGGAACUGGUACCUUUGGACAGCAGACCCAGCAGGGUGGCCUAUUCGGAAAGACGGCCCCGAACUUUGGAACUCCCGCCAGCCAGACGGGUCUGAGUCUUGGAACCAGUACAGGGACCGGAGGUCUGUUUGGAGCCACUAGCAAGCCAGGGCUAACCCUAGGAACCGGAACAGGUACAGGAUUCGGUACAACAGGUUUCGGAAGCGGUGCCGGUACUGGGUCCAGUCUGUUCGGAGGUAGCAAGGGGACUACAGGCUUUGGUACAGGGGGAUUGUCUGGCGGUACCUUUGGUACAGGCAACCUAGGUUCAACCUUUGGUGGGGGCACUUCCGGUUCUCUCUUUGGAGGUAACAAGCCAGCGGGACUUGGGACAACAUUUGGAACCACAGGUACAUUUGGCAGUGGUCUGGGAGGCACUACUGGUUUGACUGGUGGAGGAAUCGGAGCUGCUCAAGGUGUAGGAGGUCAACAAGCCAAUGUCGAUAUGAACACUCAAGUCCAACAGCAGUUGAUGACUCUCUUCAACUCACCUUACGGGGACAACCCUCUCUUCAAGAACAUACUUGUGGAUUCUGAUAAGAAGAAAGACGCUCUUCCUGGAAGUUCCUCUCAGAAGUCACUGAGCUCUCCAUCACAUUAUAAGGUGUCAGCGAGACCAGGAGCCAAGCUACGACCGAAGCUGCUACAGAGAGGCGGAGGAAAGUCUAAACUCUUUGAUGGAUUAGAGGAAGAAGACAAUACUCUCAACUCUGAAACGUUUGUUACCAGACGAAGCAUCAAGAAGCUUGUCAUAAAAAACAAAGGAAGUCAGGAUGACUCUAGGAAUGAGAGUUAUCAUGGUUCUAGGAGUUCAGUCAAACCUGAUGAGCUUGCCUCACCCCUUCCAGUCUACCCAAGAGAUCAGUCUAAUGCAUCGGUUCGUCUUACACCCGACAAAGACGAUGAGGAACCAAAUACUUCAGACAUUCCCCUCUUCAACAAACCUAAGGUCUUAGAAGAUACAACUGCCAUGGAAAGUCCUGGCAACAAGCAUGAGGACCCUGACUGCACGAUCCAUGCUAUGAACGCACAGCCAAAGAGACAGCAGAGGAAACCCAGUGGCUCCGGUGCUGCUCCACCUCCACCGGUCAGCUCCCUCUCUCCGGGCGGAUCCCCUCCAGCAUCCACCAAGGAGCCUCUCAAUGUCAGCAGGGGAAGCCAGGGUGAUGUGUCUCUAGAGGUCUCAGGUGAAGAUGAGAUAUUGGAUCAAGAGAACCAACCCCCGCCCCACCCCGCCAAGGUGGUCCUACGUCGCACGGGUUACUAUACCAUCCCCACCCUCAGAGAAUUGGCAGACCUCACCGAUGAUGACGGGAAUUGCUUUGUGGAUGAUUUCACUGUUGGAAGAGAGAGAUACGGUAGUGUCUUCUUCCCUGGGAUGACCAACGUUAAAGGCCUCAAUCUAGAUGACAUUGUUCACUUCAGACGGAAGGAGAUCACGAUCUACCCAGACGACACAUGUAAGCCUAAUGUUGGUACAGGACUCAACAAGAAAGCAGAGGUGACCCUAGACCAGACCUGGCCCAUUGACAAGUCAACGAGACAACCGAUCAAGGAUCCUGAAAGGUUGGUUUCCCUGGAAUACGAGGAAAGGCUGGAGAGAGCAACGGCCAAGCUUGGAGCAAAGUUCAUCGAAUACCGUCCUGAGACAGGAUCGUGGGUGUUCCAGGUCCAGCAUUUUUCAAAGUAUGGUCUAACUGAUAGCGACGAAGAGGACGGAGGACAGGCCCAGCAGCAGCAAGGGCAAAAGGGGGUUAAAAAGGUUGAUAAAGCCCCUGCCAAGGAACCAACCAAGCCUCCCCCAGCCAAGCAGAAGGAUGAGAAACAAAAAUCCAGCAGCACCAGAGCACCCCUACAAGAGAAUGGAAGCAUCCAAUACCUACCUGAAGAACCAAUGAGAGAAGAGCUUGAGCUUGCUAUGGACACAGUAUCUGACCGGUCUGUCCCAAGAAGCAGAGGUCUCGGGGGUCAGAUGAUCCAAGACCAAUACAUGGCCGGAGAAGCGGGUGACUUUGACACCUAUAUGCCGUGUGAUGAUACUGAUCAGCAUCCUGGACCCGAUGAGGUCAUGGAGGGAGGUCAAAGGUCGUUAGACGUCUCCCACCGUCUGGCUGAAGCCAUCGGAGUGAGCUCUCACCGGAUGCAAGUCAUGAAGGCAUCUUUCUUUGCCGAGGAGGAGGAAGAACCGUUUGCGCAUUCUGGAUCCUUCGCCAAAGCCCCAGGGAGGGAUGGAGAAAGGAGGAUACCAAGGCCAUCACGAGAGCCCUUGUUUGAGCGAGAGCAGGCAGGAGAUAUGUGGCAAGCCAGCAUGAUGGGAAGUCCGGCCAAGUUUCUCGCUGGGAUGUCAUCCCCACUGUUGCAAGGUAGAGUGGCAAGCCCUAUCCCUCGCUUCCUGAGAGAGUCUAUGGACACCAGAGAUCAAGUUCCUAUCAUGCCAGCUGGGAUGAGUCCUCAAGAGAAGAUCCCAAAGAUCGUCGGUGCACGCCCCCACCUCAGCAUGGCUCCACUGGAAGAUUCUGUGGUCUUUGAGCGCCAUGAUCACUUAGCUGAUUCAGGACUUAUGAUGGGUCGCUCUUUUAGGGUUGGAUGGGGACCGAACUGGACGCUUGUCCAUUCUGGGAAAGCUGUUGGUGUCCAGGGGUUCAGACCCAAGAUCAAAGAAGAGCCCAUGCCUUUCACGCUGCUGACAUCCAAGUCUAUGGUCAAACCAGCAACGGAAAGUUCCCCUUUCAAAGUGACUCUUGAGAAAGUGAACAUUGCACCCAUGUUUGGAAAGCCUGGUCAUACGUCAAGAAUGUAUGAAAGAUCCCUAGAGGUAGAAUUAGACCACAGUAUGUGUUCCACAGCGCAGCCAUGCCCUGCAUUCGCACCUCAAUCUGGUAUCGAUGCCCUACACAGGUAUGCCAAAGAAUCUGUUACAGAUAAGAAGGAAGGUACAGGGUAUGAUCCAGAACUCUUAGAACACACACGGUUAGUGUGGGCUCUCAUGGUUGCCCUGUGGGGUCAACUACCAGAAGAAGAAGGUAAAGGUCCACUGGAUCCCACAAGCUACCCAUAUCGCAAGGCUAGGAGAAAAGCCAUGUCACAGUGGCUCUCAGACUCCUGCAGAAAGCACAUUGACGAUGAGGUCCAGGACUCCAAGUUCCGGCAUCUAGGUCACGUGGAGGCCAUCUUUGCGCUCCUUACCGGCAGGCAGAUCAACGAAGCGUGUCUCAAGGCGCAGGAAUCCGGCGACCACAGACUAGCGCUCCUCCUUGCCCAGGCUGGUGCCACCCACGAAGCCCGCCACCUGGUGGGGACACAACUCAUCCACUGGGAGCAAUUGCGAGCUGACCAGUUCAUCGCCGAUGAGUACCUGAAGGUUUAUUCAUUACUUGCUGGUCAGUUGGUAUGGCAGUCUUCGAGAGGAGCGGUCAAUGUCUGCGAGGAUCUGGACUGGAAGAGAGCCUUGGCUGUUCACCUCUGGUAUCAUAACUACCAGGAGGCUUCUAUUGCUGAUGGCUUGCAGGCAUUUGAGGACGGCUUCACUGGCAAAUCGGCACUUGGUGACUACUGCCUCCCUCCCCGCCCACCAUACAUGGAAAGCAAUCCCGGUUUCUACAAGGAAGACCUGAGUGCCUUGGAAUCGAUGGACGAUGGGGACGGUCUGAUGCCUAGUCGAGAUAGGUUCCCCGUCUGGGAUAUGUGUUAUCAUUUGCUGAAGCUCUACUGCGACAAGACGCAUCGAAUGCACAACGUCCUAGCUCCCACAGCUCAUUCGCCAUACCAAUUGGACUAUAGACUCAGCUGGCACGUCUUGCAAGUCCUGCAUGCCUUAGGUUACACCCACCUCUCUCCCCAUCGCCAAGCACACCUAACCGUCAGCUACGCCUCGCAGCUUGAAUCCAUCGGCCUCUGGCAUUGGGCGGCCUUUGUCCUCCUCCACAUCCCCAAUGACAUAGCCCGAGAGGACCUCGUCCGGUCACUCCUAGAGCGUCACAUCACCCUCGAGCUGACUGGUAACCAGCUGACCGUCCAAGAGAGCUUUCUGGUCGAGCGUCUUCAUGUACCCGUGGAGUGGAUCCAUGAUGCCAAGGCGUUGAGGGCACUCUACGAAGGUCGGGAGAGAGAGGAAGCCUGGCAUCUCCUGAAGGCUGGAAGGUGGAAUGACUGUCAUAUGGUGUUGAUCAAGAAGAUAGCUGCUAAUGCCAUCAUCAAUGAGAGUUAUGGCUUUCUGAAAGGGGUACUAGAUGAGCUGAGCUAUGUCGAACGGUCAUCACUCAUUCAGGAUUGGUCUACAAACGGUCAGGUCUACCUGGAUUUCAUCAAUAUUAAUGAGCGACUGGUCGAGCUCGGUAGACGAGAGCCGACGACCUUUGAGGUUGAGAAGCUUCACCCUGACAUAGCAUCACUCUGCCUUCGUGUGGGCGGGGUCUACUGUCAGACGGUCAAGGAUAGGGUGUGCCGUUCAGAGAUGGCCAAACGAACGGCAAACAUGAUGAAAGCCGUCCUUACUCUACAGCAAGAGAGUCUCGCUAAUGCUGCGGGAUCUUCACCGACCAGGCAACCUAAUCCUCUCAUUCCAUCGCGUCUUCUGGCUCCUCAUGUCACCAAGCUCCCUCUUCCGGAAGAUUACAGUCUCCAGGAGCUACGCCAGCUUACCAGAAGCUACACGCAGGAGCUCACUGCAUAGACUUUUACCAAUGAUCACUGAAGCAGUCAAACAUCACAAAAAAAGCUUAUGAGUAGCUAAAUGCAGGAGCUCACUGCAUAGACUUUGAACAGUCAAACAUCACAAAAAAGCUUACGAGGAGCUAUACGCAGGAGCUCACCGCAUAGACUUUACCAAUGACCAUUGAAACACUCAAACAUCACAUAAAGCUUUCUAGGAGCUAUAUGCAGGAGCUCACUGCAUAGACUUUACCGAUGACCAUUGAAACACUCAAACAUCACAUAAAGCUUUCUAGGAGCUAUAUGCAGGAGCUCACUGCAUAGACUUUACCGAUGACCAUUGAAACAGUCAAACACAACAUGAAGCUUUCAAGCAGCUAUACGCAGGAGCUCACCGCAUAGACUUUACUAAAGACCAUUGAAACAUUCAAACACCACAUGAAGCUUUGGAGGAGCUAUACGCAGGAGCUCACCGCAUAGACUUUACCAAUGACCAUUGAAACAGGAUUGUAUUCUUUGAGAGCUUCUUGAGCUUUGGGGAAGCUAUAUGCAGGAAUUUCCUGCAUGAUCUCACAGACUUCACCAACAAUAUCAAAAUCUUCUGUCAGGAUACCUCCAUAAAAUACCAAGGUCCUUCUCCAUGAAAAUUUCCUUUUUCUAAAACACAGAUAGACAAUCAUCUGAUAUUAGAGUUGCACCACCACAUUCCUAUUCGCUCAUUGUGUCUCUCCAUGGUCCAUGUGCCCCCUUAAGUCUACCAGGAUCUUUAUGUGUCUCCCAUGAUCUCUGAGGCUCCCUGUCUAUCUCUGGUGCUCUGUGAUUCCUUGUGUCUUCAUGUGUCUCACAGUUUCUCUUUUGAGUAAGAUGGCGCCAUGAAUAUUUCCAUGAAACAUUCUAGCUUUCCUUAGUAUAUAUUGCAGAGAUGCAUGGAAAAGCUUUGACUGGAAAAUUAUCUUUCUGACAUAACCUCAUUAAAAAAAAGGUAUUUUGUGAAUGAUGUCCAUUCCUGCAAAGAUGAAUGUGAAUGAGAGUCUAUUAUUAUACCUAUUUAGGCACCAUUUUAUACUUCUAAUGUACAUUGUAAACUCAUCCAAAUAAACAUUGGUGAUUAUAUUUUGCAUAUUGAGGGAUAUUCUACCAAAUCUACCUUGUUUAGAGUAUAUUCUGUACAUGUUGUAAAUAUGAAAUGCACGCUUCGACUCUAAGGAGAUAAAAUGUAAUUUAAAUUACAUGAAAUUUACCAGUUCCGUGUAAAAUAAUGAUUUUUUUUUGUAUGCUACAGACUGUCAAGAUGAGAUCUUUGCUAUGGAUAUAUUCAAUAAAUUUCAAGAGACUUUCGGGCUUGAAUUACCUGAUGAGGUUGAUUUUAACCUUGAUUAAAAUGCUUCCCAUUUUAUUAAAGUGUAUGUGCAAGUGAAUGUGAUCCUAGAAUGAUUUUUCUUCUAUUGCAUGCAUGGCCAGUUUGUGCUUACUAUUAGUACUCUUACAGUAAGUACUCAUACUCUCUUUAUUGUAAAGCGCAUAGAGAAACUUUGGUUAUUAUGCGCUAUAUAAGUGAUGUAUUAUCUUCAUUACACAGAUUCAAAACUUAACUACGAUUCAAGAUUACAUUGUGAAUAUUCUUUUUAUGUACUACAAUCUAGUAGAAAUUUCUUAGCUUCUGGAUAAUGUACUUGUCAUGCUGGGGUAUAAUUUCAUAUUUUCUUUAUAGAUGGAAUGAUACUGGUAUUUACCAAAAUCAUCAAGUAUUUACUUGUGGGUUUUAAAACUCAUAUUUUUCUGGUCUAUGUAAUUGUGAUGGAAAGGAUGCUCAUUAAUUUAAACCAGUGUCAGAUAAUGCUUUUGGAAUCGUUUAUAUUAUAUUGUUUAUUUGUACUGGAAAAUGCUCACUAGUGAAUUAAUUAAAAGUGCACCAUUUACCUAAAAGUAUGUUGCUCCGUGUGUAAGAGGUUCUGGAUGACUCUUUCACAAAGCUUGGCACAGUAACAAAUUUGCAAUAUAACAGUUUAAAGCUACUGAAAUCCAUGAAUUUGAUUGGCCGAUAGUUCACUUGUGAUAAGAAUUGUGCAUUUGUUAUUAUUAUACCAAGUCUUUGUGAAAGGGGGGAGCCUUGCUAUCAUGCUGCAUUCAUAACUCAGACUGCAAAAUAUGACCAAAAAAGAAAUAUUGCAAAAUACUUAUAAUCUCCCAAAUCAUGAAAGUACCGUUUGUAAUCUAAUUAUGCGUGCAAGACGAGGGUUGCACGAGUUAAUUUACAUCGUUUCAAUAUUUUGACACUAUAGAAUUCGGUUUUCCAACCUUUUUUAAUCAUUGCAGCAUAAUUAUUUUAAUACGGUAUCUUUGCACAGGGGGAUUGUUAAACUUCAAAUUUUGUCAUGAAUUCGUUUUAAUUGAUAAGAAAAUGACAAGACAUUGCUCCUAUUUGAAUUGUUAAACUUUCAUAAAUAUCCAAGUUGUAACAUGCAUAUCUGGUAUGAACAUAAUCAAGCCAGUCAUAAAUUUGGUCUCUUGAGCCCCCUAACACAAAGUUUCGCGAUUGAUUAUAAGGCUGCUUUUUACAAAUGAUAAUACAAAAUUAUCAAUGUCAUCAAUCGUAGAAACCAGCCUUACGAUCAAUUGCUAAGCUUUAUGUUACAGGACCCUGGGCACUGUAACAUGAAGCUCAGAACAAAGAUUGAUUGCAUUGACCUUAAUGAACAGUCAUUGUGAACAAUCAAUUGUAUGAUCAAUCGCUAAACUUUGUGUCACAGUACCCUGUUGGUUUGUAAUUUAAUUUUGAAACAGACCAUGGUAUGUAUCACUAGUACUGUUCCCGUAAAGGAUAACUAAAUCAGUUUUUAAGAUUUUUUUUCUAUUUGAAUCAAGAUGCUGAUGUAUUUAAUGAAUGUCGAAUUCUGUUAUGUAGAAAUAAUGUUUUGUGCAGAUGAUUUGUGAAGUCAUGAAAGUCAUGGAAAAAUAAAUGUUGUAAGAAUGUA